AUGAUAGUGACACCUCCCCUCGAGUUCAAAUCAUAUCAGGAAGAUGAAAAUUAUCUUUCACAACAGCAGCCUGAGCCGAACAGUCGUUCACAGACUUUGAUUUUCCAUCAUAACGGCAAUAAAUGGUGUAUCAAAGUUACCGUCAAAGGAGCAGUUCCUAGCGCUUUCGAUAGUAAAGAGCUCCCAAAAUCUAACAAGCGAAAACGGCAAAAAGAAUUCGAAGAUUUUGUCAAGCUCAUAAACUUUGAGUCACUUACUCUUCUCCAGGAUACUGUUACUGAAGUACUCGUCGGGGGAAGACCUAGAAGCUACAGCCACCCUUCAGUUGAACCAUGA